UUUACUGGUUUUGUUUCUCUUCAACUAACUACGUCCUUCAUUUUAACCACAUUCCUUUAAUCGCCUUAAAUCCCUGUAAAGUCUUCUUCACGAUAUCUUCUCAACUUCAUUGCGAUGUCUCCUCCUCGUGUCCACAGAUUACCUCUCAACCAAAUGCUCGACUACACUCUGAUACCGGCACCAUUAGACCUUUCUCUCCCAUCUCUAACCGAAAAAUCGCCUCUUCCUGCCAUCAUCGUCACGCCAUCAUCUCCCGUCUCCACACAGGACUUCUCCAUCGCGUUCCUAGCACCCGAACCGAAGCCUUCCAUACUCAAACGCCUGUCGCUCAAAGCCCCCACAGCCAUCAUCAUCAUCCUUAUCCUCUUCAUUUUGGUCUGUCACGUGGUCACGCACCGACUGGCGGCGAGGAGACCGUAUCUCGACUUUCACGAAUCCCAAGCUAGUACUUGGUAUCACAUCCCGUCGUUCUGGGGUCCAGAUAUCCCCGAAGAUAAGCGGAAUUUCGUCAUUUCGGAGACAAUGCCGAGUUAGCGGAGGGAUGGUUGAGGGAAUGUGGGGUCUAUAUUUAUGUUUCUCUUCUAGGUUGACUGUUGGUUUUGAUUUAUACAUCGUUGUUUUGUGCUUUCGGUUCUUU